ACGACGGUCCAAACUUCUUGGUAAGGGAUUGAGAAAACGAGGAGGGGGGAGGCUGUGGUUCCCAUCAGUAAUCCCCUCAGUGUUGACGUCAGCCACGCUGCCUCCUCCGCGGGGACGCAGUGGAUGAGUGUCGGAGCGGAGCAACCUGCGGUCAUUGUUCAUCCCAGGACGCGGCGUCAUUGUAGCUGGGGCUCAACUUUUCAACUCAUCUCUUUCCACUUCGUGCCCGUUCGGAAACUUUAACAAUGGGUUGCUUUGAGUGCUGCAUCAAAUGUUUAGGUGGAGUGCCGUAUGCGUCACUUGUUGCUACGAUCCUCUGCUUCUCUGGUGUUGCCCUGUUUUGUGGAUGUGGCCAUGUGGCUCUCACUGGCACUGUGAGCAUCCUGGAAACCUACUUCUCCAAGGUCACAACCGAUCAUGCCAUGCUCACUGAUAUAAUACAGCUGAUGCAGUACAUCAUCUAUGGCAUCGCUUCGUUUUUCUUCCUGUAUGGAAUCAUCCUGCUUGCCGAGGGCUUUUACACAACCAGCGCCGUCAAGGAGCUGCACAGCGAGUUCAAGACCACCAUCUGUGGACGCUGCAUCAGUGGAAUGUUUGUGUUCCUCACGUACAUCCUGGGUGUAGCCUGGCUCGGUGUAUUUGGAUUCUCAGCUGUACCCGUCUUCCUCUUCUACAACAUGUGGUCCACCUGUAACGCCAUGAAGUCUCCGAUGGCCAACCUCACAAACAUCGACUCCAUCUGUGUGGAUGUUCGUCAGUACGGAAUUAUCCCAUGGAACGCCACACCAGGAAAGGCUUGCGGAUCUACUCUUGGUAACCUCUGUGCCAGCAAUGAGUUCUACCUAUCUUACCACCUGUACAUCGUGGCGUGCGCUGGUGCUGGUGCCACUGUGAUCGCUUUGAUCCACUACCUUAUGAUUCUCUCAGCAAACUGGGCCUACCUUAAGGAUGCCAGUCAAAUGCAUGCCUACCAAGACAUCAAAAUGAAGGAAGAGCGGGAGCUGCAGGACAUCACCUCGCGCUCUAAGGAAUGCCUCAAUUCCUACACAUAAGGAUGUAACACCCUUACAGAAAAAACAAAAAAUAAAAAAACAACAACCAUGCAGAUAUGCUUAUGAACACUAUGACCAGCCACUACAGGCCCCUGUUUUGGACCAACACUCAGCUAGUAUAACCUGCCAACUCUGUGCAGUACUAACCCAGCUCCUAACAAACUAAUGCAUAAGAGCUGCUUUCUGUACUAACCCACCAAGACGUGUUUCAGGACUGCUACAUUAAGGUAUUUUUUCAUUUUCUUUGUUGUAGGGAAAUCCAGUGUAGUUCUGACAUUCAUGCUGUUGAUUUUUCUUUUUGUAGCCCUUUCUAUAACCAGUCUCUGCUGGUGAAUGUUAAGACUUUGCACUAUUCUUACACAGCAAAUAACUGUUUUUUUACUGUCUGUUUUGCUCUGUCUUUUGACCCUUUGUGGCAAAGUUUCAGCUGUUUUUCUGCCAUUUUCCUAAUAAAGAAAAUGCUAAUGGCUUGUACACAAUAAGGAAGGCCUUAUGUCCAUUCUCAGUUAGCGUUUUCAAACUCUAAUUACUCUGACGUUGCAGGAACUGCAGCAUGUAUGUAACAUAAAACAGACCCAGCUAGGCGACCUACGUAAAUACAGAGUCCAAUCGAGUAAUAUGUGCAAAUUAUACUGCAUAAUCAUCUUAGCUGCCAAUCAUUUAAGUGCGAAUUAGUUUUGGAUUUCAGUUCCAUUAGGAUGUCCAGAAAAACAAUUGCCUGCAUUAACACUACCUCAGGUAUGCACUAGAACUUAUAGACAACAUAAUUAAAAAAUGUCAUCUUGAUUAGAAAUGGGAUGUAUUUGGAGCAACACAAAGCAUUCAUGCAACCUGAUUAGAUCUUAUUUAUCACGGUAUUACUUAAUAACAGUUCAUUUCUUAUACUUGAUACAUGAAUGGUGCAAAGUUUAAUCAGAAUACAUGUAAUAUCUACUAACUUUGGUAAAUUUGCAUUUAGCCAAUUUAAAGAAAAAAAGACUUUUGCCAAUGAAGUGAGGCUAAGAUUUCAGAUGUCUUUCUCAAUAAAUAGCAGUUUUGUAUUGUAAAUCAGAACAAUACAAAAGUUUGCUGCUUUUUGUUUUGGCUCCUAUAACAUGAAUAAAACUACCCCACUUGUAUUGGAUUUAAAAGCAGCCAGAAUUCCAGUUUUGAAGUGUAAAUAUGCUACGAUUUACAUUGUCUUUUUAAAAAUUGAAACCUCAUACUUUUCUAAAAUUGCAUUCAUUUUAAUGUGCAAUUGUUAUAUUGUUGAUAUAAUUACUCAUGUAAUCUUUUAUUUGCUUUUAGUGAAGUUACAGGGAUAACUUGAUGUUUUAUUGCAUGAAAACCAUUGUUUCUGCAGAGACACGUGUGAUGUACGGUUAGGUAUACUGACAUCAGUAGUAGGCAGUGUUUGCCCUUUUUUAACUGUUACUUGCUUUUAUAUAGCUAAUUAGUUAUCAAUAUUUUUAGACUCUUGUCUUUUUAAAGUUGUUUUGCAUAAUAGAACAGAUGUUUUCUACAAAUGUCAAGGGCUUCCUCAAGAUUACCUAAAAAACAAUUCAUUUCAGUUAAAACAAUAUAUAAAUGUAAAUGUAGCCAAAGUGUUAAAGCCAAUGCUGUCCAAUGUAUAAAACAGUAUCUUGUGAUAUUAAAGUCAGUCUUUGUUUCCUGCUAACUAGAUAGAUGUACAGUGGCACCGCAGAGAAAGGUGUGGCAUGCAAUGCCUCGCAAAAGUAUUUUCACACUUAAGCUUUUAUGUAUCUUGUGAUGUAAAACCCACAAACUUUAAUGUAUCUCAUUUGUGUGGAAUGUGAUGGACCAACACAUAAUUGUAAAGUGGAAGGAUUUGGGUCUGGACUUUAACUGGGCCUUUCUGGUGUCUUGGUUAAGACCAGCUUUCCUGUUGCUGCUGAAAAAACAACACGAUGCAGCCACCACCAUGUUUUCUUAUUUGGAUGGUGUGUUCAGAGUGAUGUUUGAAUUAUACAGCAUCUUCCAUGUAGACAAAAGUUAGAUUUCUAUGGCCCCCCUACAUGACUUUGGCUUUCUUUUUGUCACUUUUCCAUAAAGGCUAGAUUUGUGCACAACUAAUAGUUUUCCUGUCAACAGAUUCACCUGAUUCCACCUGAGCUGUGAAUCUCUGCAGCUCCUUCAGAGUGACCAUGGGCCUCCUAUCUGUUUUUCUAAAUAAUGCUCUUCUUGACCAGCCUUUCGGUUUAGCUGUAGGGCCACGUCUUAUUAUAGUACAGAGAUUAAAUUGAACAUACAUGGACUCAGUUUACAAAACACUGAUUUCUGAAGGCGGUUGAUUGCGCUGGAUUAUAUUUCGCUUAUCAGAUAAAGGGGGUUGAAUACUAUUGCACAGCAAAUAUUUGUUAAAAACAAACAUCAUUUUUUUCCACUUGUCAGCUAAGCAUUUCUUUAUGCAGGUUUCUCAUAUAAAACCACAAUAAAAUACAUUGAUGUUUGUGGUUGCAACAAGACAAAACAUGAAAAUGCUCAAGAGGUAUGGAUUCUUUUGCAAGGCAUAGUACAGUACAUCAUGAUAAUGUACAUGACCUUUGAUUGUUUGUUUUUCAUACUGAAUGAACCAAAAGAAAAAAAAAAUGUCUAUGAAUCACCAGGAGGACAUCAAUCAAUCAACCAAUCAAUGAGCACCAUGUCUGACUGGAAACACAGCUCAACUGGCCUGAUGACUGUUUUUAUGAAAAUAAAGAAAACAUAAACUUAAAAA